AUGACGAAACAAGACAGCAUUCCCCGACAGCACAGCGAGGUGUCACCGCCACUGACGCUCGAUGAGGUAAUCGAAGGAGAGAAUACCACCAUUGCAGAGCAUACGCCCCCCGAUGGUGGCUACGGCUGGGUUUGUGUAGCAGCGUGCUUUACGAUAAACUGCUUCACAUGGGGUACCGUAUCUGCCUAUGGCAUUUAUCUAUCGCACUACCUAGCCGACGACAUCUUCCCCGAAGCCUCUGCCUGGGACUAUGCGUUCAUCGGUGGCUUCAACUUUGCCAUUGCUAUGCUCGUGGCACCCUUCGUGACAGUCUUCUGUCGCAGAUCUGGAACCCAUGUUGUCAUGUGCUGCGGCCUGGUCUUGCAGCUCGGUGGCUUCAUUGCUGCCUCAUUUGCAACUCAAAUCUGGCAGCUUCACCUCUCGCAGGGAGUCUUAAUCGGCAGCGGGAUUGGCUUCUUAUACAUCCCCUGCCUUCCAGUCCUGUCGCAAUGGUUUGAUCGAAAACGAAGCCUGGCCAACGGGAUUAGUGCAGCAGGGUCUGGGGUCGGCGGCGCAGCUUUCACUUGGGGCACCGAGGCCAUCAUCGAAAGAUUCAGCAUUGGUUGGGCGUUGCGCAUCACGGGCAUCAUCGCUUUCGUGGCCAAUCUUACUGCAACGGUCUUCAUACGCGACAGGAACAAGGCCAUUCGGCCAUCCCAACUAGGCUUCGAUACCAAACUUCUGCGGCGCUACGAAGUGGUAUUGCUGCUUGCAUGGGUCUUCAUCAGCAUGCUGGGAUACAUCGUCCUCCUCUUUUCACUCUCCGAUUUUGCACUAUCGAUAGGCCUCUCGCGAUCCCAAGCUACAGAUAUAAUCGGCCUCUUGAACGUCGGGACAGCGAUCGGGCGUCCAAUCAUCGGUAUCCUGAGUGAUCGAUGGAGCAGGAUAGAUACGGCAGGAGCGUUGACCUUGCUGUGCGGUCUUUCAUGUUUUGCGUUCUGGCUGCCUGCUACAUCCUACGCACUAACGGUCUUCUUUGCCAUCCUCUGCGGCGCGAUCGUUGGUGUAUUCUGGAUGACAAUUGGCCCGCUCUGCGUCGAAGUCGCGGGCAUCGAGAACCUGCAGUCGUUGCUCUCUCUAUCCUGGGCGGCAGUCAUCAUCCCAGCAACAG